CCAGAGUUUUCCAUUGGCUGCACUGAAUUGUGCGGUUGUCAAAGUUGUAUUCGAAUGGGUGAAGUUGUGAUAUUGUAACGAAUUACGGAAUGGAAGAGAAAAUCAAUAUACGCGAGAUAAUAGCAACAUUAAGUGACCACACGGAAAGAAUAUUAUGUAAGAGACGACAGGAGUUGAAGGACGAUGAGGUUGUGGUGAAAGGGGUUAUUGACAGACUAAAUUCUCUGAAUUAUGUUCGAAAUACAGGGUGGCCAGAUAAAGAGGAGAUCCUGAAUGCUUAUCAAAAGGCUCGAGAGGAUCGUGAUGAAUAUAAAUUUCAACUAAAUGACUGCAAAAAUAAAAUAAAAGAACUGAAGGAGGAGCUUGAAGCUACAAGACUGAACCAGACACAGCACAAUAUAUCCAUAGCAGCUGAUUUAUCUCAAAUCAAUGAAAGGAAAAGCUGUGCCUACGCGAGAUUGGAACCAGGUGCUAGCAAGAAGAAUGGUGCUGGGGGAGAACCUAAUACAAUACACUCAGCUUCUGAAGAAACGUAUAAGAGAGAACUUCAGUAUCUUCACAAGACAAAUGAACAAUUCCUUGAAAAAAUUCGUAAGCUUGAGUCUGAUUUGCUAUCACAGGAAGCACUCAAGGAAAAACUGAUUGAGUAUGAAGGAGAAAAUAUGAAGCUUAGGAAAAUUGCAGAAGAAAAACAGGCAAAAAUGAUGGAUAUGCAAAUCAAAUUUGACGAAAAAUUUAAAAAUUCGAAACGUGAUUUCACUUUCCAAAUCUCUAUGUUGAACAGCAAAAAUCUAGAGUUAGAGAAGCAGAGAGAGAUGUUGGGAAUCGAGCUAGCAGCAGCACAUGAAGAACUAAGAUUAUUGAAGCUGUCACUCAAGAAUCCAGUGAAAGAAGCAGCAGAACACGGUAACUGCACUGAAUUUGCAGAUGAGGCUGUGACUAAUUCAGAACAGACAGAAAAGGAAAUUACACUUGGAAAAGAAGAGCUCUUGAAUGUAAAUACACAAAGGGAGAAAAGAGGUCUGCUGCAAUCAAUAGAGAAUAUGCCUGAGCAUUGUGCUCUUACAAGCCUGUCAGAACAAUCACUCACUGAGGAGCAACAAGUAAUGGUGGAUGAAGCUAAGGAGUUGGGUCUUGGAGUUAACAGAGGAACCAAAAGAGGUCAAAGAGGGGCCAAAGGAUCAAAGAAGGAACGAGUUGCAUCACAGAAACAAGAAGCAAAAAAGAUGAAGUCAUCAGAUGAGACAAACGAUGAUCCUUUACAAAAUAUAAAAAAUGGAUCAGUGGACACAAGUACUUCAAAUACCAGGAAGGGUACACGAAUGAGAACAGUUGUAAAUGCAAAGAAAAAGACCGUUGAAUCAAGUAAAGAUGCUGCUGUAACAAAUAAUAAGCAGAACAAGAAAUUGGCGGCUAAACAAGGUGCGGAUGAAAAUGUGGAACCAUGUCCUCUUGAAUACAGUAGAUCUUCAUCGAACGUUAACGUUACGUUGGAAAAGAUCAAACUUACUGAAGAUACAUCAACACCAAUCGGAAAACUGUUAAAAAAGGUACAAGGGAAUAACAACAAACGCACAAAUCGCAGGAGGAAUAAGUAAUUACAGAGCAGAAAUAUGUCUUACGAAAUGAAGUGAGAAUGUUGGUACAUACUAUUUUUUUAAUUGCUGUGGCAUGAAUAAUUUUGAAGUAAUUUUCUUGUGUGCAACAUAACUAUUUCUGUAGACUAAAAAAAGCACUUGGUUUAAGAGCAUCAUCAGGUCUGUCUUUAUUUCUGCAUGACUGCUAAUAUAUUUCUUAUAUUGCAAUUUUAUCAAAGAUAAUAUUUUAAAUAAUAAUUGGUUAAUUCGUCUGUUAACCAGUGUUUUAUAGCAGCAGUCAAAAUCGUACAUGACUGUUUGAUUGUCAUUGAACAGGCGAGACGUUGCCAGGAAAGCAGAUGGCAGAUGUAAAUUGGUUGUCAUGCAGUAUACACCAGCUAUGCUUUUUAAAGCAAUUUUGUCUUGAAAUGAAUACUUUUAAAUGAAAUAAGUAAUUCACUUUUGAUGAAUGUCUGUAACAUUUUAAUAAAUUAGUUCGUUUGCAUUAA